AUGCAUCAAGAGAUUUCACCACAGAUUGAUUUCGAUCUCUCUAAUGAAACGCCUGAAGAAUAUGAUAUAAAACAGCAAUCUGUAAUCGUGAAUCUUUUCGGUGGCAGGAAGCCAGUAUGCCUACAUUUUCCAACUGCUGUUCGCACAAAGAUCUUUGAUUUGAAGCAAAUUAUCUUUAAUCGCUUGUUGAUUGAUCCUGAAGAGCAACAAUAUUAUACUAUCGCUGGAAAAUGGUUGAGUGAUUCUAUUCAAGUUUUUGACUCUGACGAUGUCGAGUUUGUAACUUUAAAUCUUAAACUUCGAUUGUUUGGUGGUAAAGGUGGGUUCGGGUCGAUGCUCAGGGCACAAGGUGGUAAAAUGGCCAGUCAAAAAACUACUAAUUUUGAGGCUUGUCGUGACUUAAAUGGCAGAAGACUAAGAACUGUCAAUGAGGCAAAAAGAUUGGCUGAUCUUCUUGAACAAGAGCCAGAAAGAAAACGUGCUCGUAAAGAAAAAUUACUAAAAAAAAUUGAAGAAGGAAUGGUCGAACAGCCAACAAAGAAAAUACGCUUUGAUGAUACUGAAUAUCUUAAGGCUAGCGAAGAAAUGAAAGAAAAAGUACAUGAUGCAGUAUGUGAAGCUAUGUCGAAAAAGUCAAAUUCUAAUGCUAGUAGUAGUUCUGCUGUCAGUAAUUCAAAGGCGCUCUCAUUAUGGGAUGUCGUUGAAAGUGGAUCUGAUAGCAGUGAAGAUGAUGCAUCUGAUGUUGAUAGUGGCGAUUAA